UAAUUUGCAGUUUACACUCGGUUAUUCAUGGCUGAUCCCUCAUCUUCCAAUACUACUUCGGCAUGGACUUAUCACGUCUUUUUGAGUUUCAGGGGUGAAGAUACCCGCAAGACUUUUACCGACCACCUCUAUACAGCUUUUGUCAACGCAGGUUUAAGAAUUUUUCGAGAUGAUGAGGAGAUUGAGAGAGGAGAAGAAAUCAAGCCAGAAUUGCAGAAAGCCAUCCAACAGUCACGGUGUUCUGUCAUUGUGCUUUCAAAAGACUACGCGUCUUCCGGGUGGUGCCUUGACGAGCUUGUGAUGAUCCUGGAGCGCAAGAAGAUAUCGGACCAUGUAGUUUUGCCGGUUUUCUACGACAUCGAGCCGUCCGACGUGAGGAACCAGACCGGAAGUGUUGCAUAUGCUUUUGCUAGACACGAAAAGAAAAAGGAAUCCUUGAAGUACGCAGUGGAAAGAUGGAGGGCAGCACUUAGGGAAGUUGCAGAUCUAACAGGAAUGGUGUUGCAAAAUGAAGCUGACGGAAUUGACAGCCUGCACCAGUUGUAAACAGUCGCUUUAGAAAACCACUUUGUUGUACUGCAACCCAAUGGCAAAAUGUAGGCCAGCAUGCAGCGCUAGCAGUUCAGUUUGCAGGAGAUAAUUACUUGAUUUGCUAUGACUCAAAAUGAAAAACUUUAAUUAAUUAGUAUGUACAAUAUUCAUAAUAUUAGUUUAUCUAUGCGCGUCCUUGUGCGCGCGCACACACUAUAUUUAAGAGAACAUACUUUGUGAGCAUGAAAAUUGUCACGCUCCGAAUUUUGAAUAAUAAAUUCAAAUCCGAAACCUGAAUAAUUACAAUUACAAAAUCCAAAUCUCGAAACUUCGAGUUCAUUAUUACAAUUCACUCUCACAAUAUAUUGUAAAGCUCAAAUGAGCAUAACACACCUCACAACUUACAAUUGCUGUAAAACUCUAACAAUUGCUCUAACCGCACGAUCACCGUCCUGGUUCUCCUGUCCUGUAGGAUUACCCGCUACACAAUUUGAAUAGUGUACCGAGAGUUGCAACAACACAAAACCCGGUAAGCUUUUUACAGCCAGUAUGAGUAAACAAGAAAGAAUUGUUGAUUUAUUUCCUUACAAUUAUUAUAACUCAACACGAUCACCAUAAAAGGAAGGAUACUCUUGAGGCUCUCUUUUAAGAACUCAUUCUUAAAAGACUCAAGUAUCCUCAACACUUCUCACAUAAGACUCCUCACAGUCUCAAGUAACCUCAACAUCACUCAUACUUGACAACUCACAGUCUCAAGUAACCUCAACAUUACCCUCACAUCACUACUCAACAAUUGGCAGACAGACUAAUUAUAUAUAUAUAGACCCUUAUGAGUUACUCUCAAUUUCCCUCAUAAGGUUACCACAUAUAUAUAGACACUUAUGAGUUACUCUCAAUUUCACUCAUAAGGUCACUCCACAUUUGGCAGACAGACUAGAGCUCUAACUGAACGUAACCACUCGUCCGGCCACAGACGUGAUUACGAUUUAAUACUAUUAAUAACCACCAGCCCGGUACGAGAGCGUGAUUCACUAAUAGAUGCCAUGGUCACCUCGUGACCUAGUGAUCUCCACAGAUCACAACAAUUUAUUGUUCCUCAACAAUAAAACUCAACACCUCUCACAAUAUAUUGUUUCUCAACAAUAAACUCAAUACCUCUCACAAUGUAUUGUUUCUCAACAAUAACUCAACACAACUCCAACAAUACAUAUUAUUUCACGUAAAUAAUAUAUAUAUAGACAUUCACACAGGAAUGCCUAUUGAUACCAACUAUAGUUCAUAUGAUUGCAAUAAAAUAACGUAAUUAAAUGUAUUGGGUUCGUAAUAUGAACCACGUGAGGUUUACUCACCUCGAUAAUCCCGCUGCGUCUUCAAUUCAGCUCAAAAUACGAUCUACAAUCGUCCACCAACUCAAACCGUCAAUCACCUAGUCAGAUACGAUCUUAACUUAGCAAUCAUUCAUAAACCACACAUAUACGGAAAUCCAACGGUCGGAUUCUAAUUUAAUGAUGAUCCAACGGUCAGAUCGAAUUUAUAUGAUGAUCCAACGGUCGGAUUCUAAUUAUACGAUGAUCCAACGGUCGGAUCGAAUUUAUACGAUGAUCCAACGGUCGGAUCCUCACGGAUCGCCCUUAGGAUCAUCCUCCAAAAUUAUCACAAAGAUCCAACGGUCAGAUCUUCUUGAAUCACUCUAACAAACAUCUCCAUAAAAUUAUACGAAAAUCUGACGGUCGGAUUCUCACGAAUCGCCUCCCAAAUCACUAUUUCACAUUUAUACUAAGAUCCAACGGUCGGAUCUUCGCCCGUGACCACACAAAGUCAUCGGGACAGUCAUACGAUCAACAUAUCUAAAUUUGAAGUAAAAUCGAUGGUCAGAUCUUCGCAGAUCGUAAACUUAAGAUAAAACGUAAAAACGUUAAAUAGUAACGUAAAAACGUAAAUCCACUAUUUAUCAACGUUUUCUAAAAUGACCUUGUAAUAUAUCAAAACGCUCGUAAGGAUGCGUAGAUCAACUAGAACAGUCGAGGUGCCCGGAAAAUUUCCAGAAUCCGGCGAAAUUUGCAGAAUCCGGCAAGGCUUGAUUUCGACGUCAAAACUUCAAUUUCAGGCUUCGAUUCCUUCUAGAGAGUUGUUAAGAAACUCAAGACGAACUCAUUGGUUCAAGAAUCACAGAAAAAUAUGGUCUGUAGCUCGAGAUAUACUGAUCGAAAGCUUCGGUGGUCGGAAAAUUUGCAGAAUUUUGCAGAAUCCGGCGAGGGCUCCGAUCGACGUAAAAACGUCAAUUUCAGGCUUCGAUUCCUUCUAGAGAGUUGUUAAGAAACUCAAGGCGAACUCAUUGGUUCAAGAAUCACAGAAAAAUAUGGUCUGUGGCGCGAGAUAUACCGAUCGAAAGCUUCGGUGGUCGGAAAAUUUGCAGAAUUUUGCAGAAUCCGGCAAGGCUCGAUUUCGACGUCAAAACUUCAAUUUAAGGCUUCGAUUCCUUCUGAAGAGUUGUUAAGAAACUCAAGAAGAACUCACUGGUUCAAGAAUCACUCAAAACGACGUCCUGUAGCUCAAGAUAUCGAGAUCGAACCAAAACGAGCUCAAAACGGA